AUGCUCUCUAUUUCCCAAAAGUUGUACCAAAUCCCCUUCCUCUCCUCGCUCCUGAAUCUCACUCCCUCACUCCAUCAUCACACGAACCACCACAACCACUGUCCCAAUCCUCCAACGCUCUCCUGCCCCUUCCCCCUCCCUCGCAGCAUAGAUACAUGCUGCUUCAAUCAUCCAUCAGGACACUUUCUCCAGACGCAAUUCUGGGACACCUCACCAGCCCUCGGCCCCAAUGACUCCUGGACGAUCCACGGACUCUGGCCGGAUCUAUGCACCGGUGGCUUUGACGCGUACUGCGACUCGUCACGCUCACACCACGACAUCCGACGUAUCCUGCACGCGCUGGGGCCCGAGCUGACAGACGACCUUCUCGCGUUUAUGGACAAGUACUGGCUCUCGUUGUACGGAGGGAAUGUGCACCUCUGGACUCACGAGUGGAAUAAACAUGGAACGUGCAUUUCGACUCUGGAGCCGGCGUGCUAUGGCUCUAACUCCGACGACAAGUCAGACACCACUAAUCUCGACGUGCUUGACUACUUCGUACACACGACAUCGUUGUUCAAGACGCUCGACACCUAUGCCAUACUCGCGGACGCCGGCAUCCUGCCGAGUGAACACACGACGUAUACGCUGCGCGAGCUUGAAGAUGCCGUGGAGUCAUCCACGCACGGCUUUCCCGUCACGUUCCGUUGCAAUCGUUUCGGCGAACUUGAUGAGGUGUGGUACCAUUUCAGCGUGAUGGGUUCGAUGCGGCGACGGUACGGCGACUCGAAGACGGGGAUGGGAGCAGACAACUACGGCUCACCGACCCUCAAUGCUUCAACCGUCCGUGAAAUCUUCAUCCCCACGGCUCCAGACGGCGCACUGUCCAACUGUCCCCGCCGCAGCAUCACGUAUAGGCCGAAAACGAGUUUUUCCGAUCCCAACCCGUCCCCGACGAGCAGCAGCACAGCCACGUCGACAUCUACAUCCGCGCUAUUCGCGGGGAAAGGCCAUUUGGAGAUUCACAUUGUCAACAGGGACGACAUAUCCGCUCCGUCAAAGAAGGGCUGCCUCACACGCAUGGGUGACUGGUACGCGUCAGGGACUUGUGCGACGUUCAGAGCUCAGCCCGAUGUAGCUGACCCGGCACAUUCGCCACUCUUCUCGCUGUCUUCCAGCUAUAGUCCGUGCUUGAUCAAUCCGACGACGGAGAAGUUUGAAUGCACAAAAUCCAGCGCCGUCCAGGGGAUAUUCUCUUCUGACGCAGUGCAUCCGAGUAUACUGGCAUACCAGAACAGGAGCACGUUCUAUGCCGAUCACAUACCGGGUCGGUUUGAGAAAGUUGAGGUCUAUGCUAACAAUGGGGAUGGGAAGAGGGAAGUUGAGUUGGACAUUCGUUGGGUAUCUAUAUAA